GGAUAAAGAGGAGAGAGAAUCAAGGGGCGUACAGUAAUUUGGUCCAGGAACUAAAUGCUGAGCAUCCAGAGACAUUUCACAAAUACCAACGGAUUGAUCGCCAGUCCUUUGAUGAAAUCUUAGCAUCAGUGGAGCCUUUUAUUAAGAAAGAAGACACGACUAUGCGUGCUGCAAUAAAACCUAGCGAAAGACUGUCUGUCACUCUAAGGUUUCUAGCAACAGGAGAAUCUUUUGAGUCUGUCGUUCCAGUAUCAGAUGGGGGAGAGAACGGUUUCUGGAAUUGUAUUCGAAACAUGUCAGGCAUUGUACAAUAUUCUGAAAGAGCAGCACUUAAAGACUCCAUCUACUCCAGAUGAAUGGUUGGCCAUAGCAGAAGAAUUCAAAAGAAAGUGGAAAUACCCAUGCUGCAUUGGGGCCAUAGAUGACAUGCAGCAGAUGUUGCUGAUUAAAGAAGAAGCUCUUCCUGAAGAGCAACACUGGAAUCAGAGUGUUGACCAGGAAGACAUUAAAGUGGAACAAGAGAAACUGUGGAUAUGUGAGCAGGGACAGCAGCUUCACCAGCUGGAGGAGGCUGAUAUCACUAAGUUCCCUUUUACUGCUGUCCCUGUCAAGAGUGAAAAUGAUGAAAAACUACAGUCAUCACAGGUUCAUCAAACCCAGAGUGAUAUGAGCACAGAGGAUGACCCUGUUGCCAGCAGCUCAACUGUACACAGAACACUGACAGCACAGGCUGAUGUAGAGGACAGUGGAGGUCCACAACCAGCCAGCAACUUUGGUCUAUAUAGUUAUUUGUAUCAAUAUACCAUUGGUAGAAUUUCAGACAGUUCUGAAACUGAGACUGAUGAUAGUUGUGAAUGGGAACAGACUAGAGACCUUCAUUCAGGUUUUAACUGUCAGACAAAUAACAAUGCCUCUGUUAUUCAUAGUAGGUGCAACGUUGCUGAGAAGCAGUCUAGUUCCUCUGACUGUGGUAAAGCAUCUAGUCACAUGAACCAUUUAAAACAACACACAAAAAUACAGGCAAGUGAAAAACCAUUUGGCUGUUCAGAGUGUGGUAAAAGAUUUAAACAAAAGCACGAUCGGAUCAGACACAUGAGAAUUCAUACAGGAGAGAAACCAUUUGGAUGCUCUGAGUGUGGUAAAAGAUUUGGUCUAAAAAACAGUCUGGCCAAACACAUGAGAAUUCAUACAGGAGAGAAACCAUUUGGAUGCUCUGAGUGUGGCAAAAGAUUUGGACUAAAAGACAGUCUGACCAAACACAUGAGAAUUCAUACAGCAAAGAAACCAUUUGGCUGUUCUCAGUGCGGUACAAGAUUUGGAGGAAAGGGUGAGCUGAACAGACACAUGAGAAUUCACACAGGAGAAAAACCAUUUCCUUGUCUUGAGUGUGGUACAAGAUUUAGACAGAAGGGCACUCUGAUCAUACACAUGAGAAUUCAUACAGGAGAGAGAACGUUUUCCUGUUCUGAGUGUGGUGCAAGAUUUGGACAGAAAGGCCACCUUAUUAGGCACAUGAGAAUUCAUACAGGAGAGAAAACAUUUGCUUGUUCCCAGUGUGGUAAAAGAUUUAGACAAAAGGGUGCUCUGGUUUCACAUCUGAGAGUUCAUACAGGAGAGAAAAAGUUUGUCUGUUCGGAGUGUGGUACAAGAUUUGGAGAAAAGGGCCAUCUGAUUAGACACAUGAAAAUUCAUACAGGAGAGAAAGCAUUUGCCUGUUCUGACUGUGGUACAAGGUUUAGACAGAAGGGCACUCUGAUCGCACAUAUGAGAAUUCACACAGGAGAGAAAAUAUUUGCUUGUUCUGUAUGUGGCACAAGAUUUAGACAGAAGGGCACUCUGAGCGCACACAUGAGAAUUCAUACAGGAGAGAAAAUAUUUGCAUGUUCUGAAUGCGGUACAAGAUUUGGACAAAAGGGCCAUCUGAAUAGACACAUGAGAAUUCAUACAGGAGAGAAAGCAUUUGCCUGUUCUGACUGUGGUGCAAGAUUUAGACAGAAAGGCACUUUGAUUACACACAUGAGAAUUCAUACAGGUAAGAAAACAUUGCCCUGUUCUCAGUGUGGUGCAAAGUUUGGACGAAAGGCCAAUCUGAGCAGACACAUGAGAAUUCAUAGAGAACAUAAUAGCAAAACAUCACAAUGAGGCCUUAUCUUCAUGUUUAUAAAGCUGGCAGAAACUUUGGUGGAGACCUCUUAGAAGAGAGAAAGCAACGAUCUGACACCUGCAACAAAAACAACAAGAAAGACAAAGGG